AUGGACAGCAACUCAACCGUGGACUCGCGUCUGGCGUCUGCGUUUCAGUUCUUCAACUGCUCCAUCCUCAUUGUGACCCUGCUGCUGGGGCUCCCGGGGAACCUGUGGGUGUGCUGGCUGGUCUUCAGAACCAAGAGCCUUCAGAACUGCAACAACGCUCUGCUGGUGAGUUUAGCCGCCAGCGACCUCCUCAAGUGCUCCGUCGACACGCCGCUCUUCCUCUUCUCCUGUCUGUGGUCGGGGAAGGAGACUCCGGGGGUGGUGUGCAGCGUGCAGCAGUUCGCCUACUCCCUCAGCAACUGUGUCCAGCUGCUGACCCUGGUCAGCAUCAGCGUGGAGCGCUUCCAUGCCAUCGCCUUCCCUUUCCAUGUGGAGAGGAGGAGACUUCGCGUUUCCUUGUGGAUUCUCUGCAUCUGGACCUGCGGGUUUCUUUUGGGGGCAGUCUCACUCUCCCUCUCGGGGAGGUCUCCGUUCCACGUCCUCUGCAGUCCACACAACCAAGAGCAGCAGUACUGGGAUCCCUUUGGACCUUAUGUCCUGGUGCCACUCUGGGGAUUGUCUCUGGUGGUCAUCGUGAUCCACUAUGGUAGAAUAUUCCAAGUGGUGCAACAGCACCGAAAGAAGGUCUUCUGUUUGGGAAUCGAACCCAGUCAGGCGGUGUCCAAAGACGUCUGGGCGUGGAGGAGCGACCAGCGCCCCCAUCUGCAAGCACCGCCGCUGCUGCUGGUGGCAACAGUGGGGGACUCUUGCACCGGAGCAGCUGGAGCCAGACCCCCGGAAAUCGUGGGGGCCGUGUGUCCCCUCAACCCAGGGUCCAAAGAGAGGAGGAAGACACACAUGGAGGGGAAAGUGGCUCAGCGGUUCGGCUACAUCAUCAUAGCCUUCACCCUUUUUUGGCUUCCCAUCGUGCUGAUGUUGCUGCUCAGGGCCACCAAGUGGCGCCACACGAACAGACUGCUGAUGGAGCUGGAGACGUCGGCCAUGGUGCUGACCUGCGUCCAAGCGGCGGUCGACCCUCUCAUCUACACCUUAGUCACACGACAGUUUCGCUCGGAACUCCGCAAGAUCUUCUCCUCCGUCCGCCGCUGUCCUCUGAAACUGAGAAUGUGA